CAAAGCAACACGUCAAGAACAAUGACGAGCUGGGAUGGCAGCAACGAUUCGCUGACAGCAUCCACAGCAUCGCUACAGCAACAACGAAGUGAAACAACACCACGAGCUGGACCAGGACUUUUGCUAUUUCCCGGUACCGCUCAAAGGCAUCAUGAAAAUCAGGCAUCGAGGCACCAGAAAGCGAAUACGACAACACUAAAUGCGAAUGCAAAUGCGAAUGCGAAGGAGAACGAAGUGCUCAUUAAUCAACGGAAACCGUAUAGCAUUCGCAGCUUUCGUCGUCCGCCGCUUUGGCAACCCCCGCCGGCCAAGCAAACAAAGGAGGCAGAAACACCGCAGGACGGAAUUGAGAAUACAGCUUACAUAGCAAAAGCGCAGGCAUUCAUAAUCGAGUUUCUGCAAGGCUCGUCCAUACACGGUUUCAUCUAUCUGGCGAAAUUCGGGCUCAACUUUUUGGAGCGCAUGCUCUGGUUUGCAUUCAUAUGCGUUGCCCUCUUCAGCAUCAUCUCGCUGAGCCAACGCACUUGGCAGCGUUUCCAGACCUCACCCAUGGUCAUCUCCAUGGAUCGCAACAAACUUGUGUGGAACACCAGCUUUCCAUCGCUGACCGUCUGUCCGCAUAAGCGCAUCGAUGAACUCAAAGUGGAUGACUAUAUACUUGCACACAUCGAGGAGUUCGAGGAUGACGAGGAUAAGGACAAUUUCCGGGACUUUAUUGAGAAACUUGCCAGUCUCACAUAUGACAAUUUGGAAACUCUGCCGCUGAACAAAUCGUAUGGCAUCGAUAGCAGCAAUUACUUGGAUAUACUCUAUGAACUGAAAUGGCCCUUCGAACCGGAAAUCAGCAGCGGCGCCGCCGUCAAAAUGUUCAUCUACGAGACACAAACGGAGUUUGGCAUUUGCCACUCGGUCAAUUCUCUGGUGGCCAGAUACAACUCUUUUCAAUAUUGGCGUGCUAACGACUGGAAUCUGCUGGAUCAUGGGGAUCGAGUGACAGUUCAUCCGCUGGAUGGCGAGAUCUAUGCGCAGAUUAUUAAUCUAUCCACUGCUUACGAUGUCUACUUUCAUGGACCUGGCGAUGUGCCCAGCAUAUCGAAGCAACGUUACACUUUUCCCGAGAGCGAUUACACAACCGUGGAGCUAAUUGCUCUCGAAAUCUAUACAAAUGAGGAGGCGAGAGCGUUCACCACGAAGCAGCGCAAGUGCCGCUUUCAAUACGAGGCCGACGAUAUGCAGACGGUGCCCAUUUAUAGCUUUGGUCUCUGCCUCUCCGAGUGCCGAAUGUUCUUUGCACUUCGCAUCUGCGGUUGUAUUCCGCACUUUUAUCGCAAUCUCUUACGCAGUGGUCGCCGCUUGCCGGUCUGUGGUCUGGAAGGCAUCGGUUGCUUGGUCAAAAUUAAACGCGAAAUUAUAUCCUUAAAGUCGGACAAAUAUAAAAUCAAUUGCAAUUGCUUGAGCAACUGUGAUGACUCCAACUUCUUUGUACAAUCCUAUAGGUCGCGCGUCUGGUUCCUGGGCGCUAAUCUACAAUGGGGCAUUAUUGAUUAUCCCAAAAUGCAGCUGCGUCGCGAUGUGCUCUUCUCCUUCGCCGAUGUCUUGGUUUAUAUUGGCGGUCUGGUUGGUUUCUUCCUCGGUUGCAGUGCGCUCAGCUUUACAGAGAUUAUAUAUUAUUUUACAGCACGUCUGGUGCGUCGCAUGUUCUCCAAUUAA